GUGCAGCUGCUACUGAGAGGGAGAAAGAGCUUCAUUCGGCGGCUAGGGUUUCACUUCGUCAACGUCUCCGAAGAAGAGAGCUCCGAACUUAGCAGCCAUGGCGACCACCAAAGUCCAGAGGAUUAUGACCCAGCCCAUUAAUCUGAUAUUCAGGUUUCUUCAAAGCAAAGCUCGAAUUCAGAUUUGGCUAUUUGAGCAGAAAGAUUUGAGAAUUGAAGGCAGAAUCAUAGGAUUUGACGAGUACAUGAAUUUGGUUCUGGAUGAUGCUGAAGAAGUCAAUGUCAAGAAAAACACAAAAAAGACUUUAGGAAGGAUUCUCCUCAAAGGAGACAACAUUACGCUGAUGAUGAAUACGGGAAAAUGAUGUUUUUGCAGUGCAUGUGAUCACAUGGAGGUUGAUGUUUUUAGAUUCUGCAGUAGCCUUUUAAUUCAACUCGGGUAUCGUAUAUGUCCAUAGACAUCUUAAAGAUGACUAAAUCUGUGUACCUUGGAUUCAUAGCAAAUGAUAUUAUUCUCUUCCUACUUAUUUUGCCUGUUGUGUAAUUGAUCUUGCUGUAUGUUCACACAUGAGACUUCUGAUUGGGUAAUGGUGAAGAGCCUAUACUGCUCAUUGGGGGCUCCUUUCAUUCCCCAUGGUAUGAUUAAAAAUUACCUCAACCUCCA